AAGACACAGGCACCAUCACAGCUCCUGCUAUUUGCAUUAUUGCACUGUAUACUGAAGUUUUGUCAAAGAGAGGAUGUCGGGAAGCUCCGGGAACGGGAAGUUGCGUCAGUGGCUGAUCGAGCAGGUGGACACUGGGAAAUAUCCCGGGUUAGUUUGGGAGGAUCGAGAGCGGACCGUCUUCCGCAUCCCGUGGAAACACGCAGGGAAGCAGGACUACAACAGAGACGAGGACGCCGCGCUCUUCAAGGCCUGGGCUCUGUUUAAGGGCAAGUAUCGCGAGGGAAUAGAUAAACCGGAUCCUCCCACCUGGAAAACCCGGCUCAGGUGCGCCUUGAACAAGAGCAGCGACUUCGAGGAGCUCGUGGGCCGAAGCCAGCUGGACGUAUCAGAACCGUUUAAGGUUUACCGCGUUAUUCCUGAGGGAACCAAAAGAGCACCAAAAUCAUAUGAGAAAGUUUCCACAAGCUCAGGUCACCAUAACUACCCGCUUUAUCCUUCAUAUGAACCUGUGGAGGGUCAGGUGUGUAACUUCCUGUCUGCUGCUGACAGGAGCUGGAGGGACUUCCUGUGUGAGCAGAACUCACUGUCUGACGUCCACUUCAGCCAGAACUCACGCUGGGACGCCGGUUACCAGAUAAAUGGCUCUUUCUAUAGUUGUACCACGUUUGACUCGCCUCCUUCUCCGUGCACUCUGGACGCCAGCAUGAGAUCAGCCGAGGCCAUGGCACUGUCAGACGCCCGUCUGCAGGUGACAGUGUUCAGUGGUGAGACUCCGGUCGCAGACGUCACUGUCACGAGCGCAGAGGGCUGUCGACUGGCUCCGCAUGACGACAACUGGACCUACAGCGGCCUGGGCGGCUCGGAGCUGGUUCCUCUCCCUCAGGCUGAGAGAGGAGCGCUGGAGGGGGGCGUCUUGCUCUGGAUGAUGCCCGAUGGCCUGUACGCCCGACGCUUCUGUCAGUGCAGGGUCUACUGCGACGGGCUGCACGCUAACCUGAGCACCAAACUCUGCAAACUAGAGCGAGAGCAGACCAGCAAACUACUGGACACACAGCUCUUCCUGACAGAGCUCCAGGGUUAUUUCCUGCAUGCUCGUCCUCCUCCACGUUUCCACGUGCAGCUGUUUUUUGAGUGCUGUGACCCCUCCACAGACAAGAGACCCCUGAUGGUCCAGGUGGAGCCGCUGUUUGCCCGUCAGCUGCUGCUCCUCCUCCAGCAGGGCGGCAUGAACUACAUGAGGAGCACCCAUGAACUUUCACCUCUGACCCCUGAGCAGGUUUACCCUGCCCACCAAAAUUAUCCUGUUGUCGGCGGACAUCAGACGCACGACAACUUCAUACAAGAGUGACCCCAAAAGAGUUAAAAGACAUUAAGACACCAUAUUUUUAAAAUACAGUUAAUAAUACACUUUACAAUAAGGUGUCAUUUGUUAACAUUAGUUAAUGUAUUAAAUAACAUUGAAUGAACAAACAAUGAACAAUGCAUUUAUUACACUAUUCAUCUUUGUUAAUGUCAGUUAAUGAAAAUACAGUUGGUCAUUGUUUAUUCAUAUUAGUUCACAGUGCAUUAAAUAACGUUAACAAACUCAACUCGUGAUUUUAAUAAUGCAUUAGUAAAUGCUGAAAUGAACAAUAACUAAGAUUAAUAAAUGCUGUAGAAGUUUUGUUCCUUCUUAGUUCAUGUUUACUAAUGUUGUUAACUAAUGUUAACUAAUGAACCUUAUUGCUCCUAGACUCUGGAAUUCUCUUCCUUAUAAUAUUAGAAAUGCAGAAUCUUUUAAUGUUUAAAUCUUUUUUGAAAACUCACUUUUUUAGACUUGCUUAUCUGUGAGUUGUUAGGUGCUGAGGGGAAGGGUAUUGUUUUUUAUCAAAUCUGCUGGUUUUUUUUUUCCUUCAUUGUGCUUUUAUUGUUACCCCUUUCCCUCUAUAUAUUUUGUACCCUCUUAAGUGUAAAGCGCCUUGAGAAUUAACUUUUAAAGGCGCUAUAUAAAAAUUAAAUGUAUUAUUAUUAUUGUAAAGUGUUACCAUAAUAUUAAUAACCCCAAGUCUAUGUUUAGGGUGUUUACUAUUGCCAAGCCACGUAGCAACUUAAUGCAUUAAUACAGAGUGUGCAAAAUCAAUCAAUCAAUCUGAAUUUAAAUAAAAAGGAAAAAUUAUUUUAUAAAUAUAUUUUAUAAGGAUAUAAUAAUAAUAAUAACACACACACAUACAAACACACACAUAUAUAUUCAGUAUAUAUAUAUAUAUAUAUAUAUAUAUAUAUAUAUAUAUAUAUAUAUAUAUAUAUAUAUAUAUACACACAUAUAAUUAAACAUUUUGAUAAAUAAAUGAAUAUUUCAAUGUCUGUGUAAUUAAUAACUUUUAUGUUUUUGUGCUUUAUAUUGGCUUGUACUGUUUUUAUGUUGUAAAACUGUGAUUCAACAGCAUCUCAGGGACAAAAUCUGUUUAAAAUGAAUGUAUAUGGUUGGAAUAAAAUAUCCACAUAAUAUUGCACAAUAUGUAAACGGGACCUACCAUUAAAAAAAUUGUAUGUGAAACCAUAUACAGUAUUAUGCAAUGAUAUAACAUUUCAGGAACUACUACUUUUCAAUCAAAUAAACGAUACACAAUUGUACUUCUAACAAAGGUUCAUAAAUGCUUUUAUGAGUUCUUAAUGUAAACUGUUAAGUAUUAAAUAUUAAAUAUAUAUUCAAUCAAUGAAACUUGA